UUAGAAUGGUGGUUAACUUCAUUAGAUCUGUUAGAAUGGUUGAAGGCAAAGAAUGGUAACGAAGCAGCCAUUAUCGAUAUUGGUCUCCCCUGUUACAGUUUCUUGCAGACACUCCUCACUUCCAUCAGAUCAGGCUCUAAUGAUUUGCUAAUGCUCGAUGAUGUUGAGAUCAACCAUCUGAACCGACCAAAAGACAGGAUACUAGACUGGUUCUUUAACCCAAUCAUGGUCCUCAAAGAACAAAUCAGGGUUAUAAAGCUCGGAGACAACGAAGUCAAGCUGUUGGAGAAGAUGGUUCUUUUUGGCACCAAUACACAACGCAUGGAUGCUUGGGAUAAUGGUAGUUCGGUCACUCAAGAUUCUCUCAGAGCUGCUCAAAUUGAAGGCAUAAAUAGAAGGAUGAUUGGAAUGGCGAGAAGUAUGUCAAAAUUGCCAACUUAUAGAAGGAGAUUUCGCCAAGUUGUGAAGGAUUUGAUUGCACAUGCUUCGGAAAAACAGGGCAUUCCUUUAUGUAAUUACUUGAAAUCAAACUCAAGCCAUGAACAAGUAUAGGACUAUAACUUUACAGUCA